UCCCUUAAAUAUUCAAAUUCAGACCAUCGAUUCUUUUCUCAUUUUCUCUCUCCUCUAAAAAACGAACAAAACCUUCAACAACCAUCAUCAAUGGCGUCUGCAAAACCCUACCUCACCGUUUUCUCUCUCCUCUUCAUCACCAUCUUCUCCCUCUCAGAAUCCUCAACUCCUCCUUCCGUCUUCGAAAUUCUCCCCGAAUUCGGCCUCCCAAGCGGUCUCUUGCCCAAUUGCGUCCACAACUACACUCUCUCUCCUAAAGAUGGUCGAUUCACCGUUGACCUUGAUACGAAUUGCUAUAUUCAGUUCGAUUACUUGGUUUACUACGAAAAACGCAUCACCGGAACCCUAAAAAUGGGGUCAAUUACUGAUUUGAAAGGGAUUCAAGUCAAGCGACUCUUUCUGUGGUUUGAUGUUGAUGAAAUUAAGGUGGAUUUGCCUCCUUCUGAUUCAAUUUACUUUCAUGUUGGUUUGAUUAGCAAGAAGCUCAGUGUUCAUCAGUUUGAAACUGUUCAUUCUUGCCGUGCUUCCAAUUCUCGUGGCCAUCUUCGUUCUUGGAACCAAAUGUUCGAGCUUCCACCACCUAUUCAUGGAGAAAUCCAAAUGCUGCUGACUGAAUAGACACGCAUCGAUCACUUAGCGGUGAUGAAAGAAGCAUAAAAGGUUACUUUCUCCCGUUUUCGUGUAUGUAGUCUAAUAUAGCAGAAGCUGAGAUGGCCUUGCCGUAAGACGGAAGUUUGGUCUCCAGGCUGCUUAGAAAUUUAAGUAUAAAUAUGUACAUCACCCUCGUGCUUCGAGGGCUUUUACACUUGCUUGUAUUGCUGUGCUAUUAGUGUAGAUUUCUUCUCUGAUGAAACUAUCAGAGAAUAUGUAGACCAGUAAAACCCGAGAUUAUGUGUGUAGAACAACUUAUCCUGUGAUGUAUCUUUUUAGCAUCCAGGAAUCUAUUACAUUUCUGCUUAAGGUAA